CGUAGUAGCGCGGAUGGUGUUUUAGUCGCGUCCCCGCCUCCGCGCUCCUCACUUUCUGCCGACAGCAGCCGAGCGCACACAGGCCGCCGUGAGCUCUCCCGAGUCCGGAUGGUAAAAUCCAACCUCCAGCGGAUCCUAAACAGUCAUUGCUUCGCCCGUGAGAAGGAAGGAAAUAAACCGUGUGAGACUAGCAGCACCAUGGAGGCGCUCAGUAACAGUUUGAACGACAUGAUGGGGAGUCCGUCUCUGUGCUGUAGCAGUACCACUGGUCCGGGGCCUCUGUGGUGUUCCGAUGUCCCUCACCCACCUCUGAAGAUCCCAGGUGGGCGAGGGAACGGAGCACGGGAUCACGCAUCCACAGCGGCACCACCACCCCACAAACUACACUCCGACAGGAAGUUGACUGUGACCGAAGAGCCCGCUGGGGCCGGUCGCCCCCGGAUACUGCACUUCCAGAGCCGGCCCACCGUUUCCCGGGCAAUCAAAUGGGAGGCGGUGCUACGGGGCCCCGCCCUGUUCGUGGAGCUUCCCUGCGAACCGUUUCCAGAGGGCAGCAAAGAGAGCUUCGUGUCUCUGCUGGAGUUCGCUGAAGAACAUCUGAAAGUCGACAGUGUGUUCGUCUGCUUCUAUAAGAACAGGGACGAUCGUGUGAAACUGGUGCGUACGUUCAGCUUUCUGGGCUUCCAGAUAGUGAAACCGGGCCACGCUCUGGUCCCCGCUCGACCUGAUGUUCUCUUCAUGGCCUACAACUUUGACAGGGAUUCCUCGGAAGAAGACUAGCCUCCUCUCAUUCCUGCGUGACGCGCUCCGUCUGCGGCGUGUACACCGCUCGGACGUCUACAGGCUUCAGACGGCGCUGCGCAUCACGAUGUGCUGUUAGACUCGUUCAUCAAGUGAUCUGCUUGCUUUCAGUUUCCAGAUGUACAAAAGGUCAUUUCUGCGUGUGAUUGGAUGUGUCCUCCUGCUCUUCAAGGCUCAAAAUAAUAAGUGUACUCUCUUUAGGCGCACAAGUUUUGUACUUCACAGACUGAAAGUGAUUAUUCAGUGUGCUGUUUUGGGACCCCGUGAAUAUUACCUAAAAUGCUCUUUAACACACAUCUGAGGUGAUCUAGUGACCACUUGUAGUGCACUAGAGAGUGAAAGAUGUUUUAAUACACAGAUAGUGUGUUAAAAGCAUGUUUUAGUUCAUAUUCCUGAUGUCCCAAAAUAGCACACACUGCAAAAAAUGAUUUUCUUCCUUUUGUGUUUUUCUUUUUCUUGUUUUUUUUUUUUUUUUUUAGUAUAUCUAUAAAUGCUUGAAUCAGGAUGCAUUUACUUGACAAGUUAAGUGACUUAAGAUAUAUUGUCUUGUUUUCUGAAAAUGUUAUCUAAAUUAGUUUAGUUUCUGCCUCCGGUGGAUUAAGAGAAAUCUUCUGAAGGUUGUUUUUCUCACCCUGUUGGCAAGGUUUGCUCUUCUGUUCAACAUUUACGGUCCGUUGUUACCUGGGAAUGUGCUUUUGUUGUAUUUUAGACAUGUUCUGGAGUGAAUCGGGAUUGAUUUCUCUCUGAAUGCGACUCGGCUGGUACAAACCCUGACGGGAAACAGAAGCGAGGCACCCUCCGGCGGUCACGUCUGGGUCGUGUGUGUCUCUUUGGUCGUGUGUCGCUGUGCUGUUAUACUCCACUCUUUAUUUCCACAUCGUUCGGAGCCUCGUUCUUCUCUGUAGUGGUACAUUAUUCAGCUUCUGUGAUAAUAAAACCAGUAUUUAAAGACA